AUGGCAUCUCGAUUAUUAACCAUCCAAACGCCUUUGAAGGCCUUCACAUUGAAAUCGGGAGUCACUCAGGUACCCAAUUGCUGGAAGUCUACUGUGGCAUCGUGUGUCUCUCCCCGUGUGAACGUACCAGAGACAAAGGUCACCACGCUAGAAAAUGGUAUGCGAGUGGCCACGGAAGACAACGGUUCUCAAACGGCGACCGUUGGGUUGUGGAUCGAUGCCGGCUCAAGGUGGGAAACUGCAAGCAAUAAUGGUGUAGCCCAUUUCGUUGAACAUAUGCUAUUUAAGGGCACACCAACGAGAUCACAGACUGCCCUUGAAUUGGAAAUUGAAAACAUUGGAGCGCAUUUAAACGCAUACACUUCUAGAGAACAAACUGUCUUUUAUGCCAAAUCCUUAAAAAGCGAUGUACCUAAAGCUGUUGAAAUUUUGUCCGACAUUCUUCAAAACUCUAAUUUUGGAGAAAAUGAGAUUGAUAGAGAACGCGGAGUGAUUCUUAGGGAAAUGCAAGAAGUUGAAACUAAUUUACAAGAAGUUGUAUUUGAUUACUUGCAUGCCACUGCUUACCAAGGAACACCUUUAGGUCAAACAAUUCUAGGACCAACUGAAAACAUAAAUUCCUUGAAACGUAAAGAACUUAAAGAAUAUGUAGACUUGUUCUACAGACCAUCUCGUCUUGUAUUGGCUGGUGCUGGCGGAGUAGACCACGAAGAAUUGGUUUGUCUUGCCAAAUCAUUAUUUAAAAACCCAACAAAUUUGAACAUGGAUGCUGAUGUACCUCAUUACUCUAAGUGCAGAUUCACUGGUUCUGAAAUCAAAGCCCGCGAUGAUUCCUUACCCUUGGCGCAUGUUGCAAUUGCAGUUGAAAGCUGUGGUUGGGCUGAUGCUGAUAACAUACCUUUAAUGGUAGCCAAUACCAUAAUUGGAUCAUGGGAUCGUUCUCAGGGAGGUGGUAACAACAAUGCCAAUCGUUUGGCCCGCUUUGCUGAUUCAUUAGACCUAUGCCACUCUUUCCAGUCAUUCAACACUUGUUACAAAGAUACUGGUUUGUGGGGAGCGUACUUUGUAUGUGAUAAAAUGAAGAUUGCGGAAUUUACUUUCCAUUUACAAGAAGAAUGGAUGAGAUUAUGUGCUUCUGUGACUGAUGCAGAGGUAGAACGCGCCAAGAACGUUUUGAAAACAAACAUGUUAUUGCAGUUGGACACAUCUACCCAAGUAUGCGAAGAUAUUGGUCGUCAAUUGUUAUGUUAUAACAGACGUAUACCCCCUCAUGAGUUGGAAGCUCGUAUCAAUGAUAUUAGUGCCAAGAACAUUCACGACAUCGCAAUGAAAUAUCUGUUUGAUAGGUGUCCAGCUGUUGCUGCUGUAGGUCCAGUAGAACAAUUGGUUGAUUACAAUAGGUUGAGAGCUGCUAUGCGUUGGGUAGUUUUGUAA